AUGAUCAUACAACUCGUUAUCUCGAUUAUUCCCUGGAUCCUCCACAAUGACUGGUCAACAUUCCUCGUCACGGCGGCUGGUACUUCAUUGGCUCUUAUCCAUGGAGCGCUCCCGCAGUGGAGAAAGGAAAAAUGGGCCUGUCGAAGGAGAAACAAGCUCGUGUCCCUGACGAGAGGAAAUGGCGGACGCUUAAUCGUAGUUAUCAAAGGAUGCGAGAAUGGCUUCAACCUCGAGGACCCGGCCACCGGAAGAGUAACAGUAGUCAAGGGCACCCGAGAAAGCCUCACUGUUCUCGCAGUCGUUUGGCUCGCGUUGUUGAUUACAGUUGCCGGUAUCACCAAGGACACUUGGUAUCUGAUGGCUAUAGGGCUGCUGGGGAUGAUGCAAAAUGUAACUGCAGCGGGUGCCAGCCGGACACCCGUACAAGCAGGCAUCCCGCUGGAGUUUGUCGAGGAAUUCGGAGAAAAGAAGGUGAUGGGGUCACUUCAGAAGUGUGAGGAGCGAUACCCAGGCGUAGGUGCCUCCCUCCUGCCGAUCGUUUUCCCAGGGGAGCUGCGCCCUAACGAGCUGGAAUGGUGGGACGUGGCGAGGACGGCCUUCAGCAGGCUGGAACGAAGGGCAUGGUAG